GUCACCGCCUGCCGCUUGGCGGGCGCGCCCACCAACCGCUCGCCGUCGCUGGUGAAGGAGACCACCGACGGCGUCGUCCGCGAGCCCUCCGCAUUCUCCACCACCUUUGGGCUGCCACCCUCCAUGAGCGCGACGCAGCUGUUGGUCGUGCCGAGGUCGAUGCCGAUGACGGCA